AUGGCAUUACUCAAAGGGAAUCCAUUAUUAUAUUCUAUCGCUUGCUUUGCAUCAUUGGGUCAAUUUCUUUUUGGCUAUGAUCAGGGUGUCCUUUCAGGCGUGCUUGUCAACAAAGAUUGGCUCGAGACUUUCAACUAUCCCAAUUCAACAUUGCAAGGCUUUGUGGUUUCUAUUUUCUUACUCGGUGCUUGGAUAACAUCGUAUCCAGCAAGUUGGUUCAUGGACAAAUUGGGUCGUCGGUGGACCAUUGAGAUCGGCUCUUGUGUGUUCAUUGUUGGUGGUAUUUUACAAACGGCUGCACAAAACAUUGCCAUGCUUCUUGUGGGUCGUGUUAUUGCCGGCUUUGGUAUUGGUUUCCUUAGCACGGUACUUCCCGUCUACACUGCAGAGCUUAGCCGUGCACACAAUCGAGGUACGGUGACCGUAGCAGGCAUGUCUAUCAACCAAUUUGGCUACAUGUGCUCAGCCUUUGUUGAUUAUGGAUUUGCCUUUGUCAAUUCAAGCUGGUCAUGGCGUGGCCCUCUAUUGCUACAAUGUGUCUUUGCUGCUAUCCUUGGUGCAGGCUGUAUGUUCCUUCCUGAAUCUCCUCGUUUCCUUGUUGACAAGGAUCGCAGCGAACAAGCUUCACGUGUGCUGGCACAAAUGCAUGGCAAAGAAGAAAAGGAUGCUGGUGUAUUGGAAGAAUUACAUGACAUCCAACGUGCUGUUGAAUACGAACGUACUCUUGGCCAAACAAGCUGGAAGGAGAUGAUGACUACCUACAAGCGUCGCUCAUUAAUUGCUGUAUUGGUGCAAGCAUUGGGUCAAUUAGGUGGCAUCAAUAUCGUCACUUAUUAUGCCCCACAGAUGUAUGAAGCUGUAUUGGGUGAAGGAAAACUUACCAUCUUAAUGGCUGGUUUCACUGCCCUGGUAUACUUUUUCGGUGCACUUGUAGCAAUCUUCCUUGUUGAUCGCGUUGGUCGUAAACCUCUCUUCAUGACUGGCAGUGCUUUGAUGAGUAUUUGGCUUAUUCUUAUGGGCGUAUUCAACAAGUACGAUCUCGGCCUCACAUCAGCUAUCCUUGUUAUUGUAUUCACCAUGAUUUAUUGUGGUACAUUCGGCGCCACAUGGGCUUGUGUGGAUUGGCUAUAUCCCGCUGAAAUCUUUCCCUUGCGUGCAAGAGCUAAAGGUAUGUCGUUGGCCGUCUCAUCCAAUUGGCUCUGCAACUUUGCUGUUGGCCAAUGGACUCCAGAACUCCUUGAUCGUAUUGGUUGGGCGACAUACAUCUUUUAUAUGGCAUUCAACGUCGUUGCCUUUGGCAUUGUGUGGUUCUUGUUUGUUGAAACUAAGGGUCGCAGCCUGGAGCAGAUUGAUGCCGUAUUUGGUGAUGUUAGCCACGCUGAAGUGAUGCAAGCCGCUGAUGAAAAAGUGGCCAACAUCAGCUUUGAAGAAAAGCCCAACGUUAAGAAGGAUGAGAGCGAUUCUGUAUAA